CGUUUUCGGAUAUAGACAACGGGUACAUGGAUAUUAAGCUUGCAAGAGAUAAAAUUAGUGAUCUUUAGUAAUAAUGAAACUACAUCGAAUUGAUUACAUUUGCAAAGUGAAAAUAAACAAAAUGUAGAGCUAAUCGACAAAGAACAACGAGGAAGAAUUUAUAAUUUAGCAUGGAAAAUGUGGAAAAUUGUUGAUAGUAUGUUAAAAAAAAAAUACAUUUUAUAUGUUAUAUAAAAACGAAUCUGGAUAUUCGGCGGAGUUAACUCGCUGUUGUUUCAAACGCGACCUCCUUUGAAAUUAGAAACAAUCACGAAAGAGCAAUGUGUGAUAUUUAGAUUCUUCGGGCCUAGAUUGCUUCGCGACAAUGUUGAAAUUGCCAAAUAAUAAAUGAGACGUAUACGAAUUCGGGAGAACUAAUAGAUGACAUUUAUUGCAAUUUAAUCGAAUUAAUAGUCGAACAUUACGAUAGAAAUAAAGUUAAAAUGAAGUGUAAUUUCUGUGAUAUCUGUGACACUGAUCGUUACCAUCUGGUUAACUUUUCUAUCAUUUCCCUCUCCAUCUUUUAGCAAGUGUAACACCAGGACGUCCACUACUACCACCACCACCGCCAGUAAUAACGUUCUUCCCUCGGAAGAGAAAUCUAAACUUAGAUUUAACAGUCCAGACAGUCGACUCGAGUUCAGUGCAAAGCACCAUCCUCUCGAGCGACUUUCUCCGUUUGAAAUUUCUGUUUUCCUUCUCUAUUCCCUCUCUUUUUGUCUCCGAAGAGACAAGUGGUCCCGUGAGAGAGAAGAGAGAAACUGUUAUCGAGAGGAUUUAUCGUUUGACUAUUCUUUUAAAUAGAAAAAAAAAAAGAGAGAAAGAGGAAGAGUUAAAACAAAACUAAAAAAAGGGAGAAAGAGAAGGAAAAAAAAGAAAAAGAGAGAGAGAGAGAGAGAGAGAGAGAGAGAGAGAAAGAAAGAAACGCAAGAAAAUAGGAACUUUAUAAAAGCGAAGAGAGCGAGUGUGUGCAAGGAGUGCGCACGUAUCGCUUUGCGAACAUCGUAAAGAAGGAUGGCUUACAGCUGGGAUAAUCGCGUUAGUUUUAUUGUGAGAUUUCUGUAUGAUAUCGAUAAUAAUGGUAUACUUGAAAAACACGAUUUUGAAUGUAUGGCAUUAAAGAUGACGUUGAUCGAAGGAAAAGGAGAAUUCAAUUAUAAUAGAUAUCAAGAAAAUCUUCAUAUAAUGCUCUCUUUAUGGGAAGAGAUUGCAGAAUUAGCAGAUUUUAAUAAGGACGAUAUAGUGACAAUAGAAGAAUUCAAGGAAGCCGUUCAAAGAAGUUGCGUCGGUAAAGAUUAUCGAGAUUUUCCACAAGCAAUGAAAAUGUUUAUAGACAGUCAUUUCAAGAUAGUUGAUUUAAAUGACGAUGGUGUCAUUGCUGCUGAUGAAUUUCGAUACAAUUGCGUUACUAGAAUAGCCGUGGAUAACGUGAAUAUUCUCGAUGAAGCUUAUCAAAAUCUUCUCAACGACGACGAUAGAAGACGUGGCGGUUUAACUUUAUCACGAUAUCAAGAGUUAUAUGCACAAUUUUUGGGCAAUCCUGAUGACAACUGUCCAGCAGUGCAUCUAUUUGGUCCUUUACAUGAAUUGUGUUAACAAAUUGUUGAAAAAUUAUAGUAACCUUUUUGUGCGUGCACAAAAGACAACGUAUUUAAUUUAAUUGAAAUAUGGGAAAAAAUAAUUAUAACACAUGAUACAAACAGGAGAGAAUUUAUUCUUAAUGUGUUAACAACACAAUUCUCUCUCCGUUAGCUUUGGUACCCUUAACACGCUGUUUAUUACGAUGGAUUAAUUUGAUGCCUAUCCACUUUAUUUAAUGUAUUGCAGAUUGAUCUCAAAACCAUCAAUGAUAUGCAAUCUCUUAGAAGGGUUAUACAUUGUUAAGCGAAUCCAAAUAUAUUACUUCUCAUAUAUUAUCAGGCGAUAAACAUUUAUAUUGGAUUUGCGAUAUCAUUCACACAUCGAAUGUAUACUUUACAUAGAAUAUUGAAUUUACGUAAGAUAAUCAACAAGAUAUACAAAUUUAAAAGACAGAAUAAUACUCCGUCCUCUUUUGGAGCAUUCAUCUGCAUGUAGUAUAUCCUAGUAAUAUUUUUAAAUGUAUCGACUAACAAUUUCACCUAUUGAGUUUGUAACAUGUCUAUUUACUGUUUGUAGUUAGUAUAAAAGUUAUAUUUCAUAUAAAAUUUAUAUACUUAACUUUGUGAAAAAAGUUACAAAUUCUGAAGGAAAAAGCAUCACAAACACCGUGUAAUAUACUCGUGUAAGAUUAAUUAUUCAUUCGUCAAUUUUUCAUUUACAACCAAACAAUACUGCAAUAAGUCAUACUACGUAUCGCAAAACAGAAUAUCUAUAAAGUGAGUAAUUAAAUUUACUUGCUAAAAAACGUACACGUUAAUACCAAUAAUCACAUUAAUGAAAUAGUACACAUUACAUAUUAUCGAUGAAAGCUAUUAUAGAAAUUUAAAGUAGAUCGGAUAUACUGUUUACAGUAAACAACUAACCUCGACUGUAAAAAAAUAUAAUGACAUAAUGAUUUCAGACAAAUCAUAUACGUUAUAUAAGCGCAGUCAUGGUAUAUCUCUUUUUAACCUUUUCUCCAAUUAUGUAUUACAAUCAUGUUGCCUAAAUUUGCUAAAAACUCAUUUAUUUACUAUGAGAAUAAUAAUUUAAUUUACUCUUAACAUUAUAUCCGAUACAAAAUACUUUUGCAAAUUAAAAAUACUACUAUUUGUAUAAUCAAUAAUUCUUUCAGUUUGUAAAAGAUCAAAAGAAACAAAUGUGAGACAGAUUUUCAUAUACUGAUACCGAUACAAUACAUUUAUUAAUAUAAUUAAAUAAAAAUAUAUGCGCCGAUAAUUUCAUACCCUUUUAAAAGAACAUGUUUUCACGAUUUUAUUUAUUUAAAAACUGCUUCAUAAUUAAUUUUCCAAUAAUUUCAAUUACGGACGGCAACAUUCAUUUGGACAAAAUGAUGUGGACAUUAUUAAUGUUCGACGUUAUUUGAAUAUAAAAUAAUAAUUUAGAUAUUAACAUAUGUAUUAAUAUUACUUGUAUAUAUUAGAAAAUAUAAUUAUAUGUACCAAUAACUAUCUAUAGAUCUAAUUAAUUAAAAAUUUAGGCAUAUUCUGAAUGAUAUAAGUAACAUCAGUAUCAGAAUAUAUGAUCAGCCUCACAAUUUAUAAGAAAUGCAAAUCCUACCAUGCUCUAAAUAAACAAUAACAAAA